UUCGUGGCGGUGCGGUUGAGCAAAGGGAGUCGUCCCUUUGCCGAUCGAGUUUCCCCUGCCGGUAGAACGUUUAGAAGGUCGAAAAGAUGCUCUGGAGAAGUGUCUACCAUUGAGGAGGCUUCUCGGUAGUUGCAGAGGAGCAGCAGCAUCCUCUUUGCACCGAGUCUUUCUUUUGGGCCGACAAGGUAAAGAUCAUCCAGUAAAAUGGUCGAUCAUUUAGCUGCGCCAACCGCAAGCCACAAGAUCAGCUAAGCAAACGGACCCACCGUGGAGAACUUGUCUCUUCCAGCCUGUUACAGUCAUGGAACACCAGCAAAGUAUUAAUUUGGAAGAAGAAUUUGAAGCUCCAGAAGCUAUACAUACAGGACCUAAAGGGGUGAUCAAUGACUGGAGAAAAUUUAAAUUGGAGAGCCAAGAUGAAGACCAUCUUCCUCCAAGCAAGAGAGAACUGCUUAUCAGGCAAAUCUCCUCACCCUACAAAUGUCAAAGCAGAGAUCACAGAGACACCAGAGAAAAAGUCAGUCGUAAGAUGAGUGUGCAGGAAUAUGAGUUGUUGAAUGUCGAAGAAGAUGAGGAUUGUUUACAGCAAUACCGGAAGAGCUGCAUGAAGAACAUGCACGAGCGACUGAGCUUUGCGCCAAGGCAUGGCUACCUUUCUGACUUGCAGGAUGGGAAGGAAUUCCUGGAAGCUGUGGAGAAGGAACACAAAGCCACCACCGUAAUUGUCCACAUCUAUGAAGAUGACAUCAAGGAGUGUGAGGCACUCAACAGCAGCCUUACUAGCCUUGCUGUUGAGUACUCCACUGUGAAAUUUUGCAAACUCAAGGCUGCUAACACAGGGGCAGGAGACCGUUUCUCCAGUGAUGUUCUUCCAACAAUACUUGUCUACAAAGGUGGGGAGCUUGUAAGCAAUUUCAUUAGUGUAACUGACCAGUUGAAUGGAGAAUUUUCUGCUAAAGAUGUGGAGACUUUCUUAAAUGAAUAUGGGUUACUCCCUCAGAAAGGAAUUCCAGAACCUGACAAUGGUGACAUGAAUGAUCAAGAAAUUGAACAAUAGAUAAGUUAUCUAGUAUUUCAUCAUCUGUGCUCAGCGAAUUUUUAGUUUGGAUCCCAUUUGGGGCCAAAUUUAUUUAGGAAAUGCUGCAUAUAGAUGCAGUAGAAAAGACUUAUUAAGAAAGUAUAGAAAGCUAUAAAAGAAAUAAGGGAUGUCCAGGACUUAGCCUGAUGACCCAUUUUAAUUUUUUCCCAUUCUUUUCAUUUUUACAAGAAAUAAAAUUAGGAUUGGUGAAAUCUUCCUUCCAAGCUGUAAAUCACCCAAUUGUAAUUAUAGCCUUUGCAGUAUGAAUGAUUUUCAGAGACCAGUGCAGAUAGAUUAAUACUUACGACAUUAACUUUGAAAGAGUAGGAGUAGGAAGUGAGAUUGUUUUAAUUCUCAUUGGAAGGAAUUUGGCUAAGGUAAAACACAUAUAGAAAUUGACAGGGCCCUCAAAUAUAAGAUAUAUUUGGAUGGAGCUACUAACAUAAAACUUUCAGCUAAUACUCAAAAGGAAAGUUUGAUUUAUUAGAGAUGCAAAGCAUUUGCCACAUUAAGGGUAAAGACUCCUGGAUUAACAGCUCCUGCUCAAGAAACAGGUGACAGCUAUGGCCAAAAUGGCCUUUACACAGAUUCAUCUUAUAUUGUAUACCAAUUGCACCCAUUCUUGGACCAGGAAGCCCUCCUCACAGUCAUUCAUGCUUUGGCCAACUUGCAGGAGCUAUUCAUGGGACUUUCAUUGAAGACCCAGAAACUGCAACAGCAGGAAUGAUUAUGAACAUGCCAGAUAAUAUCUAUAUAAUUCUGCUGCUUGGUGAGCUGUAAUGACUGCAUGUAAGCAUUGGGGGUGUGAUCCAAGGUACAGUGAUCAGCUAUAAAGCCCUUUAAAGCAUAGGGUCUGGUUAUUUGAAGAGCUAUCUAUUUCUAUGAUGUCUGCCCAUUUCUCAUGGGCAGUAAAGUAAGUCACUUUAGUAGCAACACCUGAUGCUUGUCUGAAAAACAGGCACAAUAUGAAGUGUGCUUUUCCAAUAUUUCAUUACAAAAACUUAACUAAAGAUCAUAAUUUGAUUUGACAAUGCUAGCCAAAAAAAGAGACUUGAAAAAUACUAUAUUUGGCUUGUGCUGUUUGGAAGGCAUCAUAUGGCAUUAACUGCUAAUCAAAUACAUUAUCUCUCCAAAUCUGUACAGAAAUUAAAGAGCAUAUUUUAACUCACUUUUAAUUGUGCGCAAUUAGUAACUUAGGUUAGUGCUGGAAAAUGUAUAAAUAAAAUGUAAGCAUGCAUUAAAACACUUCUUUAUUAAAUAUUGUAUAAUGUCACUUGGUAAAUUAAAACAAUGUGUUUGUAAAACAAUUAUCAAUGACUAAUCCUUUCUAUUUGGAGCUGAUGUAAUUAAAGACUAGUGAAAACAUA